AUGGACGUCCUCACGCUCAUCCUCAACCACGAGGCCAAGUUUGCCGACGGCUGGUUCUCGACCCAGCUCCUCCUCUCCCUAUCUAUCGGCGUGCCGUCGUUCCUCCUCUUCUGCUUCCUCCGCACGCGAUGGCAGCUGGUUUACAUGCCGCGCACGCGGCUCAAGGCCCACUGGCCCGACGUGCAGGGCACAGCUAAUAGCUUCUUUGGCUGGAUCGUGCCCACCAUCCGCACGAGCGAGUAUGUCGUCCUCCAGAGCGUCGGGCUGGACGCCGCGGUCCUCCUCGGCUUCUUCCGCAUGGGGUUCUUCUUCUUUGCGACACUGACGGUGAUUGCGGCAUUCACGCUCAUGCCGUACCACUACUAUCGUGGGGGGUCGCUGGAUUGGGCUCCACCAGAUUCCUCAGACAACUCAACACAGAUGCUCUUCCCGAUCGCGAUCGGGAGGAACACGACAACUCCUUCCUUACCUGAGAUUCUAGAGAGCCCGCAGACCAUCGCAGUGCUCCAGCUCGUCUUCGCCUACCUCUUCACCUUCAUCCUCCUCAGGUUCCUCCACAAGAACUAUCAUCACUUCGUGUCCUCGCGCCAGAGCUUCGCCCUCGAGCUCCUUCACUCAGUGUCCUCGAGGACGGUGAUUGUUUCAGAUGUUCCCAAUCACCUUCGCGGGGACCGCGUCCUCGCCGAGUACUUUGAGGGCUGCGGGUGGGAUGUCGAGUCCGUCAGCGUCUGCCGCGAUGUCCAGCCCAUCCGCGACGCGUUAGACCUGCGAACCGAGGCGCUCCUGCAGCUCGAGAGAGCGUGGGUCGCGUGGGUGGGUAACCCGGCCAAGGCUGUCGGCUACAGUCCCGACAUCUACUCGAAGAAUGGCCCAGCCGCUCACGAGCGCGAGACCGAUGUGCCGACCGCAAAUCUGAUCUCCGGGUUUGAAGACCCCAACAACGGCGCUUCAGUUCCUGCGCCAGCGCCUGCCGAUGACCCCGAGAGUCUUCGCCGCCGCUACGGCAUCAUCUCGACUGACCGCUCACCGCCCACCAUUCGCCCACACCUGCUCUCCCCCAAAGUCGAUGCCAUCGAGUACUGGGAGAACAAGCUUUAUGCCGCAGACGACAUCGUCCGCAGCCUCCGCAAGACGGGCAAGUUUCCCGCCUCCCACGUCGCGUUCGUCACCUUUGAAGACGUUAAAUCGGCGCAGGCGUCGUCCCAGGUGGUCCACUAUCCCGUCCACUCAAAGGUCGUCACCAGCCUCGCCCCCGAGCCGCGAGACGUGCUCUGGAACAAGGUCAACAUGGGCGCGACGGAGCGCCGCGUCCGCAGCCUCGUUAUCAUGGGUGCCAUGACAGUGCUCCUGGUGUCCUGGGCUGUGCCACUCUACCCUCUGGCCAGUCUCCUCACCGACAAGGAGAUUGCAAAGCGCCUGCCGUGGCUGUGGAAGAUUAUCAAGGACGACCACCCACGUCUCCACGCCUUGUUCACAAACUUCCUGCCGUCGCUCGUGUUCAUCGGCUUCAACAGCUUGCUUCCCUUCCUCCUAGAGUGGCUCUGCUACCAGCAAGGAUUCAGGUCGCGCAGCGCCACCGAGUACUCCUUGAUCCGAAAACACUUCCUGUUCCUCCUCAUUCUCGUGAUCUUUGUAUUCAUCUCGGCGUCGACCUACUGGGUCUUGCGCGAAUGGGCCGAGUCGCCCUCGAAGCUCCCGGAAAAGCUCGCCGACGCACUGAAGACUGCCACGGCCCGCUCCUUCAUGGUCUCAUACGUCAUCCUUUACUCGCUUGGCCUGAUGCCACUCCAGCUUCUCAACAUCGGCCCACUCGUCAAUCACACCUGGAUGCGGCUCUGGGCCAAGACUCCUCGAGAGUUUGCCGAAGCCAAUGCUCCGCCUCCCAUCAACUACGGCUGGGUCUACCCCCAGGCUCUGCUCAUUUUCACCAUUACCCUCAUUUACAGCAUUGUGUCCCCACGCAUCCUCAUCUUUGGCACCAUUUACUUUGGCAUGGCUUACCUUGUCUACAAGUACAAGCUCUUGUUUAUCUACUUCAAGCCGUUCGAGUCCAACGGCGAGGCCUGGAAGAUCUCCUUUGAUCGCCUACUAUGGGCCCUCAUCAUCUUCCAGCUGUUCAUGACGGGCCUGCUGUCUUUGGAGCAAAACUUUGUCCUCACCGGUCUCAUGCUCCCUCUCAUCUCCUUCACGCUGUGGUGGGGCUACACCAUGUCGCGCGACUUUACGCCUCUGAGCAAGCACAUCGCCCUCAGCAGCAUCUGCGAAGUCGAGCGUGGCGAUGGCACGCCUCUUGGAGGUGAGGGACCAACCUCGGCCUCACUCAGCGGCCUCAACCACAAGCGAUACGCGGUCAACGAUGACACGCUGUACGUCGCUCCCUCCGACAGGCGGACAAACUACUCGCAGCCUCCCAUGAACAACUUUUACUGGGGCGUGCUCAACACUGGCAGAAGAAGAUAUGCCCACCCGGCGCUCAAUGGCAAGCUCCCCACGCCAUGGCUGCCUGAGAACGACCGCCCACCCGCCUUUGGUGACGGUGCUGCUGAGCGCCGUGGUGUCGUCCUCAGCCUCCGUCGUAGGCUUGGCCGUCGAUUCCGCAAGCAGCGGAACGGCGCCGGCACUGAGGAGACGGAUGACGGCAGGACGUCAAGGGAAACCACGCCCGGUUCUGUCAACGAAGACGACCCAUGGGCUUCUCGCAGCUCGGGCGGUCAGUCGAGCUCUCAGCCACCGGCCCCAACGCGCCGUGACACCAGCAACGGGAGCGAGGCGUCGUCAACGCCGUCCAACCCCUGGGCUCGCGAGGCGACACCACCGCCAGCAGCCGCGCCUGCCGCCCCACCAAGCCCUCUCGACUACGACGUGGGCUCUGGUGUUAUCGCGCUGGGUGACGAGCAUGUCUGGCACGACCACUGCGACUCUGACGAGGAGGACACGCCGACCGAUACCCCAGCACAGGUGCCAGAGAGUCCAUCGACCUACUUCCACCGCCCGAACCGCCGCCGUUUGGCCUCGAAUGCGACGCUGUCGCAGCAGUAGUAAUUGUAGUUGCAUGAAAGAAAGCAAUCGUUUAUGCAUGUGCCGCAGUGACUUGUGACA